AUGCAGUUCAGGAGGUGGCUGACCAGAUCUAGGCCUACUUUCAGCAAUCUUUCUGAGCUUGUAGUAUGCAAAGAAGGGACCGGUGCUGGUCCAUUUAUCGAAUUACCAGAGUUUAAGAUCCUCGAAGAUGCUGUAGUGCUCAAAAUUCCAGCCGCAAGUGUUGUAUACGGGCGACUCGAGCAACUUGGUAUGUUCAAUGUGCCUUCUGGAGCAUCGCGGCCCUUUAUCAAGCUCGAGCAUAUGCGAAAUGGGUUUACAAAGUUCUGCACGGGUGUCGAGCCAGUCAACCUUGUGUGCAGCUCCCCUGCACCAACGAAUAACCUCAAGGUACUCGAAGUAAACUAUGAAGACGAAGCGUGGGUGAUAAAAGACGCAGGGUCACGGAUUCUUUCGUACAGCGGUAACAUAUCUGUCGAAGAAGAUAAAUUGACAGGCCGUGGCGUUGUAGUACUUAAUGGGCAGGGCCCCAUAUAUGAACUCGACUUGGGGAAGUGCGAUGAGGUACUCCUGGCGCCCGAAAGCGUAUGUGCCUACACUGCGGAUACUAGUUUGCAGCUGGUUAAGCUAGAUGCGCUUCUGACGAUUUCAAAGGCGGUGAAGAAGUACGGCCAGUUGCUCUUCGGCAAGCACUACGAGGGCAUUCUCACUGUUCUUACACGAAUGGCGAACAAAGAUAAGAUCUACUAUCGUGCCAAGGGCCCCGGAAGGCUACUCCUGCAGACCCAUUAUCUACCUGGAUCUCAGGAGUACUCAACAGCGGAACUUCUCCAAUCAAUGAAAUGA